UCAAACGCCUACUUCUGCUAUUUUUUCGGAGCAGCUGUUUGGAAGCAAAACAUGACGACCCGCUCUACCGCUGCACGUCGUGUUAUUUCAAAGCUACUUUGAGGCAUGUGACGACAUUUGUGCGAAAAUUUCGUCACUGCACACCAAUUUGGCCUUAAGGAACUGUGAGGUUUGCUCAAAUUGAAAUGGCACAAGAAGAAACGACAGUGAAACAGGCGACUGAAAAAGAGGUUGACAUUUACCGCGACACCCCAGUCAGAUUUUUAGGCUACGCUAAUGAGGUUGGAGAGGCAUUUCGGUCGUUAGUGCACAAAAGCGUUGUCCACGGCAGUUAUGGGGUGGCCAGCCUGUAUGUCCUCGCGGACACGGUGGACAAGUCAAAGAAAAUUUACAAGGCGAAUCAGGACAACCCUGAGUGCAACAAGAAGGUGCUGAUAGCAGCUGGAGACACUUUGUUGUGGCAGGCCUUGGCUUCUGUGAUUAUUCCCGGCUUCACCAUCAACAGGGUGUGCGCUGGCUCCUACUUCCUGAUGAAGCGCUUCAAGGUAGCACCAAAGCCGGCUCGCAAGUGGAUGACGACGGCCAUCGGACUGGCUUGCAUACCUUUCAUAAUCCACCCCAUCGACAACCUGGUCACCGUGUUGAUGGACAAGUCAGUCAGGAAGUUGGUGGGGCUUCCACACGAGGAGCAGAGUAAACACGACUGACAUCCCUUGCAGUUGGCCUAUUACUCGUAGAAAUCAGCUAGAGCCAGUUUUUGCACAGCCAAUUUUGUUAAAAUUAGAUUUCCAUAUAUAUAUAGAAGGUGUCCUCUCAAUUAGCGAAAUAUCGUAUAGCUCCUGUAAGUAGAGUGAACCUUUAGAUGGCAGAAGAUAUUGCAUUUGAUUUUACCUUGCAAUGUUGGAAUUAUUGUUGAUAUUAACUGAAGUUAUUCAAUAUACACCAUUAAUACUCCGUAGUAUACAGGUUGAAAUUAUGCGCUCGGCUUCCUAAAGUUGUUUUGUACUUUUGCAGCGUGAUACAUUUUUGUUACUGAAAUAUACUCUUAUUCCAAAUUAA